UGUGCGUGUGCGUGUGUGUGUGUGUAUUGUGUGCGUGUGUAUUUGUAUCACAUUUUCAUUGCUGUGUCGCUUUUGGGAUCGUAUAUAAUCGAUGCCAACAACUCCCAUAUCUGCAGCUCACCAUUGAUCAAUUUCUGCAACUGCAAGAGCGGAUACGAAACUUCGAGGGCAUGCUUGGCGGCAGCAGCGGGGAGCGUUUAUGCACGCCAAGCACUUCGGCCGGACCAUUUCGAAUUUUCUCCGUGGCCGGAUUCCAGAAUCGCGCCAACGAUAUUGUCUAUUGUCCGCCAAUAGUGCGGCAACAGUCCCAGCAUGUUGACGACUCGAAGGCGAUCAUUUAUUUUGGUGGCGAUGUGCAGGACUUUCCGGAGAGCAUGGAAACGAACAGAGACAGUCGCGGCUACAUGAAAUACAAUCUAGAGAACUCUGCGAUACUGCUGCGUGAAGCCUUUCCGCGAUCCCACAUUAUAGUCAUACGGCCGGUUCGCAUGGAAUUCAAGACCUUCAGCUGCUUCGACAAUUUCGUGCGUGGUAAUAACGCUGGUGUGCCAGAUCACACGCCUAUGAACCAUGCGCUGCAACAUUUAGAAAAACUGCUACAGAAUCUAUCGCAACGCCUGAUCUCCAUACCCGAGAAUGAAAUACUUGAUCAGGCGGCACAGGCAGCGGCAGCAGCUGCUGCCGUUGCGGCUGCUGCAGCCGCCGCAGCGUUAACGCUCUCCAAUGCCACGGUUAACUCAGACACUGGCCCAUCCUCAGCGGCGGUAAAUGACAGCAGUCAGGAGAUGGAUAUAGAUAUAUUGCAGGUGCAGGAGAAUGUUACAGUUGAUGCAGAUGGUGCAGUGAUCUUUCCCAUAAUCUCCGCUGGCCUCACGGCAACGGGUACAACCACAAAUAACACAACACCUGCUGCCGACACCGUGAACAAUGGCAACAACAAAGACGCAACCACUAAUAGCCAUCAGGAGCUGAACAAUCAACUGCAGCAGCAAAUAGCCGCAAAGGCAACAGUAUCAGCGCCAGCGAACAAUGUGGAACACUACAACAAUAUAAACAGUAGCAUCGAUUGUGCUGCGUUGCAGUCGUCAUUGCAAACGCAACCGCUGCAGCCGCGACCGACAACGCCCACAUCCGAGAACAAUCCGUUGUGGUGGCGCGAGAAUCUCAAUCUGGACAAGUCCAAACUGGUGCUGAUUGGCUUUAGCAAGGGCUGCGUCGUGCUCAAUCAAUUUAUCUAUGAGUUUCAUUAUCUGAAAACGCUGACGCCGGACGACAGCAGCAUGUGCCGGUUGCUCUCGCGCAUAACAGAUAUGUACUGGUUGGACGGCGGGCACGGUGGCCAGAAGAACACAUGGAUAACAUCACGAAGUUUGCUCGAGACGCUCACGCGAAUGGGCAUGAACAUACAUGUGCACCUCACACCGUAUCAAGUGCAGGAUGAUCGGCGGCCCUGGAUACGCAAGGAGGAGAAGCUUUUCACGGAAAUGUUGCGGCGUUUGAAUGCGCCAAUUACACGACAUCUGCACUACGAUAACCAGCCGGCGAAUCUGAUGACGCACUUUGAAGUGCUGCAAGCCUUCUGCCAGCAUGUCCAUUCACUCAAUCAACAGCAGCAACUGCAGCAGCCGGCUGGCAAUGAGCUGCCCAUUGUGGCUACCAACAAUGGCGCUGGCAGUAUUAGCAACAGUCUGCUGGAUGCCAGCGAGGAGGCAAAGUGACAGCUUCAAUUGCAUCCCCAUCAUCACAGGCGGCGUUUGCAUGCGAUGCGCAAAGGCGCCGCCGCAGCUAAGCGAUUGCAGCUGCAGCAGUUGCGCCAGAGGCAAAAACUGCUCCUUUCCACAGAUGUGGCCGCAUCGACGUCGGAUUCAUCUCGCUUGGCCGCAUUAUUGAUAUCAUCAGCGGUGGCCCUUACUGAUGCAUCGACCUCGGCUGCGGCUGCAACGGCGAGCCUUGUAAAUAAUAAUCAUCAAAGCCAUAUGCAACAACCAGAAGAACAGCAGCAACCAGAACAGCAACAACCAGAACGGCAGCAACCACAACAGCAACAGCAGCAACAUCAACAAGACAGUUUAACACCACCUCACCAUGAGCAACAGCAGAACUUGGAGGAACCACAGCAACCGCCGGAACCAACAACCAACCAUUCACAUUCAAAUUCACACAAGCACACUCACAGACAUCACCAUCGCCACCACCACCAUCACCAUCACCACGAGCCAAAUCAAUCACACAACCAUCAUCACUGUCGCUCGAAACGCAAACUGCAAAAAUUGUAUUAUACGCUUUGCCGUUAGACUUGUACACCUAAUUAUAAAUUACUUAUACAUACAUUUUAUGCAACCGUAUUUUGUUUAAGAGUAGCUUAAGCUCCCCUACUCAACUCUCUUUUUAUACAUAUUCUAUGUAAAGCUAAGGUUUAGGUUCAAAAGUCGUGUCAAUUGUGCUGAAACAGAUUCUAAUUGUAUAUUUUUCAUUAAUUUAUAUUUUGACGUCCAGACUAUUUAUUUAUUUUAUUUUGUUGUCCUUAUAUACAUAUCCCAUCUUUAAACUAUCUUUGAUUGGCUAAAUCUAAAGCAAAAAAUCUCAUCAGUGCAAUAAUACAUAACAUUUUUUUUUUUUUAGUUUUGCCUAUGUAAUCUUUUAACUUCCAUCUAUUUAAAAUGUAUACGCGUAAAUUGAUCUACCGACGUUAAUAGGAACGUUUCGAUCAAAGAAUUUAUAUCAAACUAACAAUUUAUCCACACAAACAUAGAGCCGCAAGUAUCCAAACAAUAUUCAAUAUAGAAAGCAAAACAAAAACUCUGAUUAAGUAUUACUUAGCGUUAAGUAAGCAUAAUUUAAGCUCCAAAACUUACAACAUUUAAGCUUACAAAAACAAAAGGAAACCCCUUAUAGUAAUGCCUUUAUUGUACUUUAUUUAAUGAAUUUUGUAAGAUUACAAAAACUAUUUUUGCUCUAUGUAUUGUGUACGUAGUUCAUCAUGUACUGCGAAAUUCUAAGUAGCCCAUCUCAAUGAAAAUAAUAAAAAAAAAAACAAUGACAAAUUUUACAUUACAAACACGUUCCUUAAUACAACCACUAAAUCCACACCUAUCAUCACUUAUAAAACAGAUAAAUGCAGCAGACAGCAGACUAAACUUAUCGUAUGUUUCAAAGAAAUACAUACGUGCAAAGUGAUUUAAUACUUAUAUUAUUGCUUAUAAUCGAAUAACAACCAUUUCGUACCUUUGUAAAAUUUGCAGUUAAAAAUUGUCAGUAAAGCUUAAAAACAAAAUAUAUAUAUAUAUGCUGCGAAUUUUAAACCAAAUUUGAAGACAUUAAAUGAUAAUGUUGUCAUUAGAAAAUAGGGUUCUAUGUAAAACAUUCUUCUGAUUUAUGCAAAUGUAGUAAUAAAAGAAAUUAAGCAUAA